AUGGCGUCUUUUGGACUUGAAUUAGUUGGCGUCAUUCUGUCAGUGCUCGGCUUGGUGCUGAGUGUGACCAGCUGUGCUUUGCCGAUGUGGAGGGUCACUGCAUUCAUUGGGUCCAACAUUGUCACAGCUCAGGUGUACUGGGAGGGCCUGUGGAUGAACUGUGUGUUCCAGAGCACGGGGCAGAUGCAGUGUAAGGUCUACGACUCCAUGCUAGCCUUGCCUCAGGACCUGCAGGCCGCCAGGGCGCUCACCGUCGUCUCCAUCAUCAUUGGCGUGGUGGCUCUCCUCAUCUCUGUAGCGGGAGCAAAGUGCACCAACUGCAUCGAGGAUGAAGUGGUUAAAGCCAGGGUGAUGGUCGCCUCAGGCGGCUCGUUCGUCACAGCAGCACUGACCCAGCUGGUGCCCGUUUCCUGGUCGGCGCACACCAUCGUGGUUGAGUUCUACAGUCCAGUCAUCCCCUCUGGUCAGAAGAUGGAGAUCGGGGCGGCGCUGUAUCUUGCCAUGUCGAUGGGCAUGGAGAUCGUGGGCAUUGCCCUUGGAGUCAUUGGUUUUAUUAUUGCAAUUGUAACAUGCGCCCUGCCGAUGUGGAGGGUGUCGGCCUUCAUCGGAGCCAACAUUGUAACUGCUCAGACCAUCUGGGAAGGUUUAUGGAUGAACUGUGUCACCCAGAGCACCGGCCAGAUGCAGUGCAAGGUAUACGACUCGUUGCUGGCCUUGCCUCAGGAGCUGCAAGCCUCCAGAGCGAUGAUGAUCAUCGCCAUCAUUCUUGGGGUACUGGGAGUCAUGAUCUCCAUCGUCGGUGCCAAGUGUACCAACUGCAUUGACGACGAGGCGUCCAAAGCCAAAGUGAUGAUCAUCGCUGGAAUCUUCUUCAUCCUUGGUGGCCUUUUGGUUCUCAUCCCCGUCUCUUGGACAGCCAGCGUCGUCAUCCGUGAUUUCUACAAUCCCCUUCUUACCAGCGGGCAGAGGAGGGAGCUGGGGGCAUCGCUCUACAUCGGCUGGGCAGCGGCGGCCCUGCUCCUGAUUGGUGGGGCGAUGCUGUGCACCAGCUGCCCGCCGAAAGAGCAGAAGUACAAGCCGCCCCGGAUGGCCUACUCCGCCCCACGCAGCACCAGUGCAGGCGGAGGAUACGACAGGAAAGACUAUGUCUGAACAGAAGUGUCCGACAUUUGGAAAAUAGGGUACAAUGGAAAUGUCUGUUGCACAUGAGUGUUUUUGUGUGUCUGUGUUGUAUUUUGCUGUCUGAAACCACAGGGUGAACCCCACAACAAGACUCCGAGAUGAAGAUGUGUGUACAAAUAUUGACUUUUCUGUUUUGCUUUUGGCUGACAUGUUCAUUAUUAUGUCAUUUAAAGGUCCUUGCUCUGCUGUAAUCCAGCAGGUGCGUUUUUAAAGAUGCUCCUAUUUCCAUUAUAUGAACAUUAGAGCCUGUUUUUAAGAAAAACAUAAAUUUUGAAAUGUCAAACCACGUCUCUUUGAGACCUUUUUGUAUUUAUACCCUAACGUCUGUAGCAUUAUUUGAAUCUAAAAAACACCUGCCUCUUGUGUGUGUGCAUGUGUGUGUGUGUGUGUGUGUGGCUCUAUCAUUAGCUGUUGGACUGCUGGUGUCGUGUUUCACUGAAGCUUUCAGUUAAAAUGCUGUGUGUCACUGACAAUGACAAGGAAAAGCCAGCUCUCAUUUUACAUGGAUUUGGUUUUGCGUGUGUGUGUGUGUGUGUGUGUGUGUGUGUUUUGCAUGUAAUAUUUGCCUAGGAGAGUUUCUGCCGAGACUGAAACUAAAGAUGGCUCCAUGAUACGACCCCAGGUAAAAACAACUUCUUUCUCACAGUUUCACUGUUUGAGGUCAUAGAAAAGACUGUUUCAGUUGCCACGCAAACAUUUUUAUGUGUCCAUAUGUGUGAGUUUAUUUUAUAUUUCUGUAAUAAAUUGUAUUUGUACUAUAAACUCUAUUGUGUGUCUAUGUUUCAGAUAGAUUUGUAUUGUGUUUUUAUUUUUUAUUUUUUGUAUCUUUUAUUUCUGUCAAGCAACAGUCUGUACUAUCCUCUGUGGGUCAAACAAAAAAAAAAAAAUUAAGGACCUCUUUAGAGUGUGUGUGUGUGUGUGUGUGUGUGUGUGUGUGUGUG